ACUGAAGAUAAUCCUUCAAUACCCUCCCAAAGAAAUGAAGUUUACGAUCUUGUUCUCUCUCUUUCUGUUCUGUGGCUUCACCUCAUACCUUCCUUCAGCCACUGCUAUUGUGGUGGACACUGAUGGCAAUCUUCUUCGAAAUGGUGGCACAUACUUUAUAACGCCAGUUAUAGUAACUGGAAACGGUGGCGGAGUAGCAUUUGCUGCAACCGGAAACGAAACUUGUCCUUUAACUGUUAUCCAAGUUCCGAGUCCUUUCUCUAACGGCCUACCCAUAGAAAUUUCAACCCCACUGAAAAUCCUUUAUAUAGAGGAAGGUCGUCUUGUUGACAUUGCGUUCCGUUUUGUAGCCCCGUGUGCUGCCACUUCAUCUCGGUGGACUGCUGUGAAAGAGGGUGUGGAAGAAACGCUCUCUAUCAAACUUGCUGGGUACGACAACCCAGUACCCGGGAGGUUUAAAAUUAAGAGCGUUACAGUUGACAUUGGGGGCUACAACCUCUUGUUCUGUCCUGAUAAUGGUUCUUCUUGUGGCUAUGUUGGAAUUCAGAUUGAUGCUACAGGAACCAGGCGUUUGGUGGUGACUCAGAGUAAGAAGGGUGCCUUGUGGAUUCGGUUUCAGAGAGCUAUAUAUGCUUUACCUGCAACUGCAUCUGCAUAUGCAUCUGCGUGACUACCACUACCCCUAUGAAGUCAUGUGCAGUUUCUCAUAGUGAGAGACAACAAGAAAAAAUGGAACCACUUUCUUCAAUAAAUAAUUGCAUAUGACUAAAUUAAAUAAUUUAAGUUUAUGUCUUCCGCGCACAGUACUA